UUGUUUCAGAUUUUUGUGAAUAAGGUUCAACAGCCGACGAAAGCAAUUUGUGUAGGUGCUCAGUCGGAUCGUGAUUAUGAAAGAUCGGGGAUCGAAGACUCAUCGAUAAAGAGCAGUUCGAGGAGCGACUUAGUGCAUCUUUGUUCUAAAGACUCGAUACAAUGUAAUUACGACGAUGUUUCGGAUGCGAAUGCUGCAGACGCAGCCAGUACAAAAGCAAACAACGAUGCGACCACCAAGUUGAUCAUGCAGAGGUAUAAAAUUAAAUCGACGCAUUAUCAAUCACCGAAUAUUUGCAAACGUCAUCAUUCGGCCGAAUCAUCGUUGGAACACAGUAUGCAGCCGGGCACAUCCACAGAAUCCGGCGCCGCAGUUAUCGAAGGGGCAGUCGCAAAUAGCGGUUUGAAUAAUUCGUUGAAUUUUGCCAGAAACUGA